ACCCACCUCCUCCCGCUCCCCCGCCGGACUCGCUGCGACCCGCGAGCGCAGGAGGCGGAGGGCUCGCGCCGCGGACCAGAUCGCAGGUCGGAGCCCGCGAGCCGGCGCCCGCAGCCCCGUGCAGACAGGCCGGCGGCCGAGAGGGUUUGGCGCGCGCCCAAGACCCAGCUCCCUGAGUAAACGGCGCACGGAGCGGCUAUGACCGCCGAGGAGAUGAAGGCGGCCGAGAGCGGGGCGCCGUCCGCGCCGCUGCGAAUCGAAGGAGUGGACAUCAGCCCCAAGCAGGAUGAAGGCGUGCUGAAGGUCAUCAAGCGAGAGGGCAUGGGCACAGAGAUGCCCAUGAUUGGGGACCGAGUCUUCGUUCACUACACUGGCUGGCUAUUAGACGGUACCAAGUUUGACUCCAGUCUGGACCGCAAAGACAAAUUCUCCUUUGACCUGGGAAAAGGGGAGGUCAUCAAGGCUUGGGACAUUGCUGUAGCAACCAUGAAGGUGGGAGAAGUAUGUCGCAUCACCUGCAAACCAGACUAUGCCUACGGGUUGGCAGGUAGCCCUCCGAAGAUCCCUUCCAAUGCCACACUUGUGUUUGAGGUGGAGUUAUUUGAGUUCAAGGGAGAGGACCUGACAGAAGAGGAAGAUGGCGGAAUCAUCCGGAGAAUACGGACUCGGGGCGAAGGCUAUGCCAAGCCCAAUGAGGGUGCUAUUGUAGAGGUCGCACUGGAAGGGUACUACAAGGACCAGAUUUUUGAUCAGCGGGAGCUCCACUUUGAGAUCGGCGAGGGUGAGAGUCUGGAUCUGCCUUGUGGGCUGGAGAAAGCCAUUCAGCACAUGGAAAAAGGAGAACAUUCCAUUGUGCACCUCAAGCCCAGCUAUGCUUUUGGCAGUGUUGGGAAAGAAAAGUUCCAAAUCCCACCAAAUGCUGACCUGAAAUAUGAAAUCCAGCUCAAGAGUUUUGAGAAGGCCAAGGAGUCCUGGGAGAUGAAUUCAGAGGAGAAGCUGGAACAAAGCACCAUAGUGAAAGAGCGGGGCACUGUGUACUUCAAGGAAGGCAAGUACAAGCAAGCUUUGCUGCAAUACAAGAAGAUUGUGUCCUGGCUGGAAUACGAGUCCAGUUUCUCUGAUGAGGAAGCACAAAAGGCACGGGCCCUUCGGCUGGCCUCCCAUCUCAACCUGGCCAUGUGUCAUCUGAAACUACAGGCCUUCACAGCUGCCAUUGAAAGCUGUAACAAGGCCUUGGAGCUGGAGAGCAACAAUGAGAAGGGCCUUUUCCGCCGGGGAGAGGCCCACCUGGCAGUGAAUGACUUUGACUUGGCACGGGCUGACUUCCAGAAGGUCCUGCAGCUCUACCCCAGCAACAAAGCCGCUAAGGCCCAACUGGCUGUCUGCCAUCAGCGGAUCCGCAAGCAGCUUGCACGGGAGAAGAAGCUCUAUGCCAAUAUGUUUGAGAGGCUCGCUGAGGAAGAGAACAAGGCCAAGGCAGCAAUAGCUGCAGGAGACCGUCACACUGAUGCAGAGAUGAAGGACGAGCCAAAGGAUGUGGCAGGGAGCCAACCUCAGGUGGAGACGGAAGCAUAGCCUCUCCCAGCCCUAUUCCUGCAGCUGCCUGCUUCCCCUGCUCCCUUCUCUGCUCCACCCUGUUUGUUUUGUAAAAACUGAAGAAAUUUGAGUGAAUUAGACCUUUAUUUUUCUAUCUGGUUGGAUGAUGGCUUUGGGGAAAGGGGGAAAGGAGGAAUAGACUGGGGGGUUGAGGUGGGGUAUCAUUUUAGGUGUUUUCAUCCCCUCUUCCCCUCCUCCUUCUCCCAUUACAUAUGAAUGGAUGUCCACACACACAUCAGAAUGUUAAUUUAUUUUGCUUCUUUUUGCUAUGCCUGUUUUUCAAAUGGUAGAAGGAUGUUAGUAGGGAUGUGGGGUUGGAUGUGAAAUCAGGGUGGAGAGGAUACCUCCUUGGGCAGCCAUUUUCCUCCCCCUUUCCUCCUCCCUGUCCAUUUCCAAACAUGUAAACUCCAUGUGGGUGCUAGGGGCAUGGGAAAAACCACUGUUGUGCCCAUUACUUCUCCAUUCCCUUCCUCACCCAGAUGGUGUGGUUGAUGAUGUCUUCUGGUGUCAUGGUGACCACCCCCUGUAUCCCCUUCCAGUAUUUUCCUCUCCAACCUAUUUCUCUUCUCAACCAGGUUGUGUCCCCAUCCCCACCCCCCUCAGCCUCUUCUCUGCACGUUGCUGAAGGUCCAGGCUCACCUCAAGUUCUACACUUGAGCAAUAAAGUGGAAACAAUAAAA